CUCUCUUUUUUGUUAUUUACGCCCUCGCAUUGCCUUUAAAUACAAAUUCUCCAGUUCUUUCCUAUACCUAUACCCUUCCUUCACACUUAUAAGCACCUUCACACUACACUUAUUUACACAUACUCCAUAUCUCCAAUACCUACUAAAGUCUCUAAUCCACCACUUCUUUUCAGCCGUUUGCAUACACCUUUUCUCUUUUCCUUUCGACUUUAUUUGCGUCCUUUCUUGAGAACUACUACCCUCACACAUCCAAAUGUCACCAACGGCAAAGUAUUGGCAAAGUGUUCAGUCGAUGAACGAGACUUUCGAGGUAGAGGCCCGACCUGGUACAUCUCAGACCAAUGGUGAAGCAUUUGUUCUAUUCCAGGACGUCGAGGACAUCUUCCCUGGAGUAGUGCGGCUGCAGUAUGGCAAACGCGCGAUUUCGUUCAUGGUUGAUGCAGAUGGAAAUAGAUUAUUGCCACUACGAGUUCCAUACGCACCAGAUAUUGUGAUGCAGGUCGUCCAGGGAUUUAGUGCACACAAGCCUUCAACAACCAUGCAUAACGAUUAUACAGAUGCACCAGAACCAAUAGCCCCUCCUCCGACUCGUCCUCGUCAUGCUGAUCGCGCUCUACAUCGUUCAAUAUCACGCCAAUCACAAUCCUCUAUUCAUUCCGAUUUCAUGUACGACCCACAACUGCAACACGAACUCGAGCUCCGGCGACAAAUGCAGCAACCUAUGCAGAUACCUGCCGAUACAGACGAACUUCCUUUCAAACCACACACCCAUACUUCUAUUUACUCUCAGUUGGUAGGCCUCGAUCCUAAUUCUGUAGCACCAACUGUGCCUGUAUCAACAGUACCAAUGUCAACGUCACCACCGACGUCGAAAUCUGGUCCAGUAGAGCGCAGGACGGCUGAGAUCCCAGAAUUUAUCACCACAUCCUCAGAUCAGGAACUGAAAGCUCGGUAUCGUGCAUCGACGAUGUUGUACGAGUCGUUUAAACAACACAUGCGAGCAGGUCUAUUUCAACAAGCCGAUGCGAUCCUGGAAGACUUUAGGCGUCAGUCCCAAAUCUUAGAGUCUGGCAUGCCUCCACGCUUGUUAGAUAUCCAGCAGCGCAUCCUUGAAAUGCGACUCAAGAUGAUCAAAAUGCAACAGCAAUAUCAGCAGUAUGAAGAAUAAAGAGCACAAAAAAGGGUCACUACCAAAAAAUAAAAAACACACAGAC